AUGCUCCUCCGGUCUUCCCACUCGGUGUUGUCGCACCCCUCUUCCUUCCGCCGCACUCUCUCCGCAUUCGCACACACUCUGACUCGCAACAUGACCUCACUGAUCGAGCAAGCUAAGCAGAAGGCCGCCUACCAGGCUGUCGAUGAGCACAUCCUGCCCUCGCAUAAGGUCAUCGGUGUCGGAUCAGGAUCGACCGUCGUUCAUGUCGUCGCACGUCUGCUCCAGCGCGAUCCUGCACUGAAUGAGAAGACGGUCUUUAUCCCUACCUCGUUCCAGUCCCGCGGGCUGUUGCUCGAUGGAGGACUGAAUGUCGGGGACAUCGAUCAGUAUCCAAACGUCGAUGUGGCUAUUGACGGUGCCGACGAAGUCGACUCGCAAUUGAACGCUAUCAAGGGCGGGGGAGGCGCUCACCUUCAGGAGAAGGUCGUUGCCGAAGCAGCCAAGAAGUUUAUCAUUGUUGCUGACUACCGCAAGGACUCCAAGAUCCUGGGAGAGCAGUGGUCUCAGGGUGUUCCCAUCGAAGUCGUUCCCUUUGCCUGGAAGGCAGUCAUGAAGAAGUUGCAAAAAUUGGGCUCGAAUGACGCCAAGCUCCGGAUGGCGGUUGCAAAGGCAGGACCUGUGGUUACGGAUAACGGCAAUUUCUUGAUCGACGCACCCUUUGGUUUGAUCAAGGAACCAGCUCAGCUGCUGAAGGAUAUCAAGCUGAUCACCGGCGUGGUUGAAGUUGGUUUGUUCUGUAACAUGGCUGAGGUUGCGUACUUUGGAUGCCAGGAUGGUUCUGUGGCAAUCAGGACAAAGAACUGA